UUCAAAGAGGCUGGAACUUACCUCUCCCGCUGACUGUGAAUGAAGACUGCAGUAUAUUCAGCUACAAGUCCAUCUGCUCUUUAACUUUUUUUUUUUUAAAUCUAUCUGUGGUUUUUCUUUGAAGUUUCCAGCACCAUUUAUGAAGGCUCAAAAGGGGUAUUAUUCAUAUAUUUCAGAUGAAGAAAGCUGAACUGUCAAAGUAACAACUGACUUGACAAAAGCCAGUAUUCUCCAAGGCAUCAGCAUUUAAGAGGACCUGGGAAAAGAUCCUGUGCUUACCAGGAAAUUUCACUGAUCUCAUCAAGCCCCAAAACUCAGGAAGGAGAAAAAAAAAAUCUGCAAAAAUGAAGAAGUGCCUAGCAGAUCAUGCUAUCUUGUUGAAAACCCCAGUGGUAAAAAUUAUUCAAAAAAUGGCAGGUAUCUGCUCCUGUGAGAUUAUUUUUAGCAGUAAAAGAGUAGAUGGUGUAAGAUAAGUGAAGAAGGAUUCCAUAAAUAACUGCAUUUCAAUUACCUGUUUGGCAUAAUUUUAAUUGUUACAACAAACAGCACAAAAUGACAAAAAAUGAACACUUUCUACUCAGAAGAUAAACUGCUUUUAAAAAGAAAGGAAUGAAAUCCAGGUCUAUCAUUUUUUGAAUCCUGGUUAACUAAAUGAACAUGACUGGAGAAGCAGAGACACCUGAGCAGCUUUGAAGACUUUUCUCUGAUGUAUUCUCACUGACUCUGAGACCUUAUUUCCAACCACAGUGUCUGCUCAUCCUAGUGCAGCACCCUUCAAACCAACCUUCCCCGAAGGAUUCAGCAGACAUGGUCUGAGAAAAGAGCUAAGCAUAAGCCUGCACAGGAUGUCUGAAACAACGAGCACCAACGUGGAGAAUAAACAUCUUUUGAAUGGGAGAAGAGCCAUCCCACUAAACUACUCCAAUGAUGAAGAAAAUGAGGUUCCUGAGAUGGAAGCUUUUGGAUUGAUACCUAGAGGAUUUAAUCCUAGAGAUUACCUGAGUGUUGUGGAUAUUUAUAUGUUCAAGGAGCCUCACGAGAUCAACAAGCAGGAGCACCACACUGAUAAGUACUACAACCCCAAGCUGAUAGUGCGUCGGGGACAGGCUUUCCAGAUCCAGAUUGACUUCAACCGACCCUACAAGCCAGAGUCAGACCAAUUCUGGCUGGAGUUUUUGAUGGGUCGCUACCCACAGCAAAACAAAGGCACCUACAUCCCAAUCCUAGUAGGCAAUGUGCUAAAACCUGGCCAGUGGGGAGCCAAGAUUAUCCACAGGGAAAACAACUCCAUUCGGCUGUCCAUCAUGUCCUCUACCACCUGCAUCAUUGGGAAGUUUCGCUUCUAUGUUGCUGUCAUGACUCCCUUCGGCAUCCUUCGGACACGCAGGAAUUCAGCGACUGACACUUACAUCUUGUUCAAUCCCUGGUGCCAGCUGGAUGCUGUGUACCUUGAUGACGAGAAAGAAAGGGAAGAAUAUGUCCUGAAUGAUGUUGGUAUUGUAUUCCAUGGAAACGUCGAAGAUGUAAAAUCAAGAAGCUGGAGUUACGGGCAGUUUGAAGAAAAUGUUCUGGAUGCUUGCUUGUUCCUGAUGGACAAGGCAGAACUGGAGCUCUCUGGUCGUGGAAACCCAAUCAAAAUCUGCCGUGUUGCCUCAGCAGUGAUUAACUCCAGGGAUGACAACGGUGUGAUUGCUGGAUCCUGGAACAAUACAUACGAUUAUGGUGUUGCACCUUCAGCCUGGACGGGAAGUGUGGACAUUCUCUUGGAGUACUACAGUUCUAAGCAACCUGUCCGAUAUGGCCAGUGCUGGGUUUUUGCUGGUGUCUUCAACACAUUUCUGAGAUGCUUGGGGAUACCUGCAAGACUCAUUACCAACUAUUCUUCUGCCCAUGAUAACAAUGCCAAUUUACGGAUGGACUUCUUUCUGGAUGACGAAGGGAAAGUGGACACCAGACUUACAAAAGAUUCUGUCUGGAAUUACCAUUGCUGGAACGAAGCUUGGAUGACUAGACCUGACCUUCCCGUUGGUUUUGGAGGCUGGCAGGUUGUGGAUGGGACACCUCAAGAAACCAGUGAUGGUAUGUACAGGUGUGGUCCAGCCUCAGUUCAAGCCAUUAAACAUGGUCACGUUUGUUUCCAAUUUGAUGCUCCUUUUGUCUAUGCUGAGGUGAAUAGUGACAUUUUUUACACAAGAAUGGAGAAAAAUGGAACCCAAGUGGUAGAAAACAUUGACACGACCCAUAUUGGGCAGUUGAUUGUGACCAAGGCAGUUGGAGGUGAUGGAAUGGUGGACAUUACUGAGCAGUACAAGUUCCGAGAAGGCUCAGAUGAGGAGAGGCUGGCUCUUGAGACCGCUGUGAUGUAUGGUGUUAAAAAGCAAAGUAUCCAAGACACCACAUACCAGCCACAGACAGAUGUUGACAUGGACUUCCAAGUGCAAAAGGCAGUCCUUGGCAAUGACUUUAAAGUCACUAUAACAUUCAGGAACAAGAGUCGCAACUCCUACACUGCAACUACCUACUUUUCGGGUAACAUAGUGUUUUAUACAGGAGUCACAAAAACUGAAUUCAAGAAACACUCUUUCAGUGCAAAACUGGAACCCUCUUCAUCCAGCUCUUUCGACAUUGUGAUCAAAUCAAGCGAGUACAUGAGUGACCUGCUGGAGCAAGCCUCCUUUCAUUUCUUUGUGACUGCACGGAUCAAUGAAACAGGGAAGAUUCUGGCUGUGCAGAAGGCAAUAAUGCUGGAAAUUCCAACCCUGCGGAUCAAGACCAAAGGUGAACUGGUAGCUGGUAAAGAAACAUCGGUGAUUGUGGAAUUCACCAAUCCUCUGAAACAAACCCUGGAGAACGUCAUGCUCCGCCUCGAGGGACCUGGUGUGCUGAGAACAAUAAAAAAGCAGUUCGGGAGAAUCCCAAUGAAUUCUACAUUGACCUGGGAAGUAAAAUUUACCCCAAUGCGACCAGGCUUACAGAAGCUGAUUGCAAGCCUGAAUUCUGAUGCUUUGAGGCAUGUGUAUGGUGAGCUGAAUAUCCAGAUUCGGAAACCAUGAACCAAGGUGCUGCCUUCUUCUCUCAUUUAGCUAUAUUUAAAAAUAUCAUGGUAAGGGGUGGCUGAUGGAAAGGUAUAAAUCUGCUUAUUGUUAUUUUGGUCAUCCUUCUGCUGAAAAAAAUUGAUAAAGCAAACUAAUUGGUAUGACUGGAGAGAGAAUUUAAAAAAGCACCUGGAUGCUGAAUGAUUUAAAAUUAGCUAUAUGUAAUUAAAGGCAAUUCUAGGUCAUAUUAUUCCUGUAGCUCACUUGUAUUUAUGGUCUUUUGCAUUAGUGCUGCAAGGGAAUUUGGAAAGCUCCAUUCACCAGAGUAAUCUGAACUUUAGUUUUAAUUAAGGCCUGGUAUUUCACUGAAAAGGGAAGGAAAAAAAAAAGAAUCCAUGGUUAUAAAUUCCUAGACUGAAUUACACAAUGUUAUGGUAGAUUGUGUGGGCUGCAAUAGAAACAGGUAUUUCUAGCUAAAAGGGUCUGCUUUAUCCUACAAAUUGAUAAUGUUCUGGUUCAUGAAGAGCUCACUUUGCUGGAAGCAGCUCUCAGGAUGUUUUAUCUCCAGAAUAUUCUCAGCCCCUUGUUUUGUCUUACAACUUCCCUGUGCUUUUUCUCCUAUUCUCUCAUGUGUGCAGGCACUCACACAGACUCACUUCUUACCCUCAUCAGACCCCAUAUGCAGUUGGUGUACUGUUUCUCUACUUUGAUGGGUGAAAAACUAGAUUUUUUUCUACCUCUGCUCAGAGUUUAUCACACAAAACCUGCUCUUUCUGAUCACAUCUCUUGUGUAAGAUGUGUUCUCUCUUCACCCUUUUUUGCCUUUUUUUCUCUCCUGAACCCACCCUGUAGACCCAUCUCCCAUAUGAGUGUGUCAGGAGUGUUCGCUGUCUCAGAGCAGUCCAGGCUGGCAAGUGGGGUGAAGGAAAGAGGAGUGGAGCAGGGAGCCUGAGGGUCUUCUCCUGCCAGUCCCACAAGCCUAGACAGUGUCCUGCACUGGAGCUGGGAGUGACUUCAAACUAAAAAUGUGGGUAUGAGUUUAGAUUAAAUCAUGCCUGAAAGUUCCCAAAAAUCAUGGCUAAAGCAUAAUGAAGAUGUAGUACCUGAGUAAUCCUGGGAAUAUUGAUGGACAGAAACUCCUGGGAAAGGAAUAAAGGUGUAUCCUGAGAGACAGAUACUUACACAAGCCACAGCAACUCCUUCCCUCUGAUCAUGGUGUGUGUGUGUAAGAGCAGAUCAGGUAUUCACAGCACAGGGGAGUCUGUUGAGCUUCUGAAAUUAAAAGGAACAUCUUUCUCAUUAAACCCUGGGGCUUUGCUGGAUGGCCAUGCCAUUUGGUGGUCUUAAUGAAAAGCAAGGGAGAUGCCUUCCUUCCCUUCUGCUCCUCUUGUUGCUGCACAUUGCCUGCAGUACCUCCUGCAAGUCCUGUAACCAGCUGUUAAAGUCUUGGGAGAGGAGAAAUGCAGUUGCUCUUUUUACUGAAGUGUGGGAAACAAAGCAAAAAUUCAUACCACCUCAUAUAAUCUGGAAGUACCUCAGGAUCCAAGAAAACCAGAUCUUAUACAGCUUAUGUGACCACAUCAGAAGCUUGGUCAUGUCAAAGUCUUGUGGGGUAAAGAGACUGAACAAUGUGUUGUCAGUGGAAGGUGACAAUCUCUGUUAGGUAAUUAAGCAGUCUUACCAAGCUCUACAUCUGCAAAUAAAAUUAUCUAUUUUGUGCUCUUGCAUAUAAACCUGCUUUCUAUUCCAGGCAUUUUAUAAAUACAGUGUAAUAAGAAUACAAAAUAAAGUGUGUCUGAUUGCA